CGACAAGACCGAGUCUCGAGACUCUACCCAUCGACGAGCCCUCUUGCAGCUGCCAGAGAGCAUAGCCAGCAUCAUGACACCGCUUGCCAUCUCUGCUGCGAGUAUUGCAUUCAACCCAAUCUUCUGGAAUGUCGUUGCACGCGCCGAGCACAAGCUCAAGCUCAUGACACGCAUAUUGGGACCCUACAACGGCUGCUACCUGCUAGCCCUCACCAUCUUCUCGCUGGGUCUCAUCCGGGAUCACUUUUACUUGGAGGCUCUCAAAGUAGCACCCACCAGCCCGCUCUUGCUGAGUCUGCCGCACAAAGCCAUCGGUGCUGUCUUCUUUGGCCUCGGCAACCUGCUUGUGGUGUCUUCCAUGUGGGCACUCGGCGUAACGGGGACGUAUCUUGGCGACUACUUUGGCAUUCUCAUGAAGGAUCGCGUCACGUCGUUUCCAUUCAACGUCACGGAUAACCCAAUGUACUACGGAUCGGUUCUGUCCUUUGUGGGCACUGCGUUUUGGUAUGCGAAACCCCUUGGGUUUGUGCUUUCGGCGGAAGUCUUGAUUAUGUAUGUGAUUGCUCUACGCUUCGAAGAGCCGUACACAGCUGCCAUCUAUGCCAAGCGCGACAGGGACCAAAAGAAGAAGUAGACGAAACAAGCACAUGUAGAGCAUACUUUAGAAUGCAUCUUAGAGAUUAGACAUUGGCACAACGCCUAC